AUGACCGACAACCACUUACAACUGGCUCAUGUGCCUGUCCAGCAAGGCCCCUCCGUGCCCCCUUUUGAGUUUGUCUACCAGCUCAUCCUCGAACAGUUCUGGGGCGACGGUGUCUCCAAACGCGAGAUCCGCUCCGUCUACACCACCGCCAACGACGCCAACGCCUCCUGCCACGAUUACCUCCUCAGGACCUGGCCUCGGGAUCAAUUCACUCUCUACGAAAUCGGAGCCUCGCCACAACGUCCCGAGCUCGCCAAGGUCUCCGCUCAGAUCAAUGGCGACCGAUUCCACGUCUGGAUUGAGCGACACACAUGGGAGGGCAUCCUCGACUUUACCUCCAAGGCCAUCGCCAAGCGAGCCGGAAAGGGUCCUAACGCCUAUAUUCUCCAGAGGACCAUCAAGGACGCCUCGGGAGGCAAGCGACGCUCGACGACACGGGGAAUCUAUGCGACGAGGCAAUUGGCCAAGCAGGCCCUGGCCCAGGAUGAACCGCCCUCGGAAUGGUCGUCGAGCCAAGGAUAUGUUUUGGAGCCAGGCGGGGAGUACGCCCACGCAUUGUCGCCCUCAGGAAAGACGGCAUGGCUUUUUAUCGAGGUCAGGCCUCUCUACAUGAACUAUGCCCGUUUGGACCAGGAGGAGCACCACCAUCACAACCAGGGCGGAACAGGAGCAGCUCCGGACGGGGAACCUUCGUCUAGCCACGUCGGUAACUCGGCCAUGAACCCUAUUAGUCUGGACCAUCCAGAGGAGGGCGCAUCGUCCUCCGCUCCUCCCUCUCCCUCGACUCUUUUGCACCCCAACCAUCUCGGUCGAUUUUCGCUCGACAAUCCCUUCUCACCCAUAUCCUUGAACCCAGACGAGGCUGGCGCUUUUGUCUAUCUGGUUCUCCAGCUCAAGACCAUCCCCUACACUCCACCAAUCCUGACGGUCGAAGCCGUCGCGUACGAGAUGGAGGUCGCCAAUCGCUUCGGUAUCGCGCUCUUGGAGGGGUUCAAUGGAACUGAUAUUCUACUGACACCCACUUUCCGCGACGACGGAUGUCUCCAGGUCAGUACAGAGCAACGAUCCAGGGACGAGGGUUUGACGGUUUGGGUCGAGAAGCGCGCGGUUGUUUUGGGCGACGAGGCCAUCGACUUUGACUUGAUCUCGGAGCAUGGGUCUAUUCAGUCCAACCGAGUGGAGCACGAGGGGGAUGGCGCUUCACCUUAUAUCUCAGGACACAUCACCGCAACAGCACCGGCACACAGCAGCAAUGGCAAAGGAAGAGCUCAGAAGCGAGAGGAACCAGAUGAUGGAUUCGUGGCUGCGGGACGGCCAGCAACAAUACAAACAGCACACCCAUCUAAAGCUGCACGAGUAUCACCAUCUGUCGCCGCCACCGAGGAGCAUACAAGAAAAGAAGUUGUUGUCACUGGGCGGUAUAAGGUCGUUGUAGCAAUAACAUCACUCGUGUCGACGACAACUCCUGGAUCGUGCGUGGCCUCUUCGGAUGAGUUGGCGACUGCCAUUGUCGCGGCCAGGAUGAAGUUCUACUGCGAACUGGCGCUGCUCGAUAUAGUGUCGCUGGAGAUCCAAGACAAGCUCGACGCCGAGGACGACCGGUCGAUCCAAGCGCGUUCUCUAACCCACACGUCGUCUGUAUUGCUGGAAAUGAGGGUUGAAGACAGUCAGACAUGA